AUUAAAUUAAAUACGAGAAUAAAAAAAGAUUGACUUUUGACUGAGUUUAAUUAUUUGCAUCUGCAUCGGAGGUUUUUUAAGAUAGACGGAUCGAGAUCUAGGAAGCACUGCAACAACACUCGCCGGAGGUAACCGCAUUAUAAAGAUGAUUGAUGAUAAUGAUCUGGGUUUCAUCGCCAAUUUUCUCGGCGCCUUCAUCUUUGUGCUAGUGAUAGCAUACCACUAUGUCGUGGCUGACCCAAAGUACGAAGGAAACUAGGGAUGUUUUGAAGGUGAAGAUUGAAUUGUUUAUGUUGUAGACUGAGAUGUUUUGCAAAUGGAAAUCAAUGUGAUACAAUUCUGAACUUCAGUUUGGGAAUAUUAAUGUUACUUUGGUACUAAAACCUUUAUAAACAUCAAAGGAGAACUACAUUUUUAUUUUUGUUAGAUAUGCUUUGUGGUCAAAGAGCUUUCAUAGAUAAGUGAAUUAAAUUUAGGUGAUUUUGCUAGAUGAUAUACCAUUAUAUCUUGGUGCAAUCAUGAUGUGAGCAAUAUAGUAUUCUAUCUUUUUUCUUUUGGAGUUUCUUAUUAGACCUUUUCCCUUUAUUAACUUUAAUAUUGUAUGCAUAUCGUUUGUGAA